AUGGCUACAAACGACAUGGUUCAUGGCCUUCGUGGUUGGGGAGUAUUUUUUCUGCUACUUUUUCAUCACUAUACAAAAUCUUUUCCUAAUGGAUACGUAGGAGCAGACAUAAUCAUUGUGGUAUCUGGUUUUAUUGCUGGCUAUGUGCUCCGAAAUGAGCGUAUCAUUGAUCAAAAGACAAUUCGAGACUUUUGUCUAAAGCGAGCUAAAAGUAUUCUCCCACUGUACUACUUGGCAUUAUUUAUCAUACUUAUUUUCUGCUACGUAUUAUUGCCUAUUAGUUAUCUGCAGACCAAUCUGGAAAAGUCCAAGACAGCACUGCUGAUGAUUUCAAAUAUAAAGCUUUCUUGCUUCGAAAAUAAUUUCUCUGUCAUGCUCCCGUCAAUCGAGGACGCUUUUGGCCACACAUGGUUGCCAUGCCUAUUGAUGCAAUGGUACAUAGUGGCUCCAUUUUUGUUCUGGAUUCAAAAGCGAACCACCGACAAGGAGUUUUUCUUCUUCGCAGAUGCGGCCCAACGGUUUUUCAGGUGUGUCUGCAUGCUCUUUCGGCUUCUCUUUGUUUUCGCGGAAAAUCAUUACCAGUUACUUCAUCCAUUGUCGACUAUGGCAAUUCUGUGCAGGAAUCACUGCUGCCUUGUAUCUCCCAAGGCCUCCUCACUCCACACUGACUGGAUGCAGUAUGGUCGUUCGUUUCUGAAUCAUCCCAUCUUCUUUCUUCCAUUGCUUAUUCCUAUGCUAUGGUUUCGUUUUCCAAGCUUUGACCUACGACUCUAUAUUACUGUCGCAACGACGCUUCUUCUUUAUGCCGGCCACAAAAAUGAGAAUUUCCCAUUCAUCACCAAUCGCCUUGCAGUGAAUCUUGGCAAGAUCUUCUAUCCACUCUACUUGACUCAUUGGCCUAUUUAUAUACUUGCAAAAUACCAUGUUGGUGCUUUGCAUAAUGGUAGGUACUUUGAAGUGCUAUUUCUCAUUUUCUCGGUGCUCAGUGGUGCCGAACAGUUCAAACAUGUGAAAAAAAAACGAAGCAAACAAAUUUUUAGCGGUGAAAAACUAGUGGUAAGUUCGUGGAUGGUAAAAAAAGUACACAGAGGGUCGUUCGGACGAGUUUUCCGCUGA